AACUACAAAGCCGGCCUUCUCCGCUGGGGGAUCUUUAGUUCGGGUUAUUCUGAGAGGAGAUCCAGAGCAAAAGAAGGGGAAGUGUGCCGAAACCUCUCCAAAUUUAUGACCUCAACAAAAACCAACCAAUGCCAGCAAGUACAGAUAAAUGAGUUGUGAUCCCUGUGGAGAAGACUUUCAUCACUAUGAAGAAGACCAGAAGACGCCAGCGCAUUGACAGUGGAGACAGAAGCUUCAUGUGCGAUCAGUGUGGAAAGGCUUUUACUCAUUCUAGCAGCUUAAAACAACAUAAGCUCAUCCACACUGGCAUUAAACCAUUCAGCUGUGAUCAGUGUGGAAUGUCUUUUUCUGACAAUAGCAACUUAAAAAGACAUCAGCUCGUCCACACUGGUAUUAAACCAUUCAGCUGUGAUCAGUGUGGACAGGCUUUCAACCAUAAUAGCAAGUUAAAAAAACACAAGCUUCUCCACACUGGAUUAAAACCAUUCAGCUGUGAUCAGUGUGGAAAGACUUUCACUGUGAAUAGCAACUUAAAAAGACAUCAGCUCGUCCACACUGGCAUUAAACCAUUCAGCUGUGAUCAGUGUGGAAAGACUUUCACUCAGAGUGGCAGCUUAAAAAAACAUCAGCUCAUUCACACUGGAUUAAAAGCAUUCAGCUGUGAUCAGUGUGGAAUGGCUUUUACUCAGAAUGGCAGCUUAAAAAAACAUCAGCUCAUCCACACUGGAUUAAAACCAUUUAGCUGUGAUCUGUGUGGAAAGUUUUUUACUCAUAGUAACUGGUUAAAAGAACAUCAGCGCAUCCAUACUACAGAUAAACCAUUCACCUGUGAUCUGUGUGGAAAGUCUUUUACUCAUAGCAAAAGCUUAAAAGAUCAUCUUCUCAUCCACACUGGCAUUAAAUCAUUUGUCUGUGGUCAUUGUGGAAAGGCUUUUACUCAGAGUAAAACUUUAAAAGAACAUCAGCUCAUCCACACUGGAAUUAAACCAUUCAGCUGUGAUCAGUGUGGAAAAUCAUUUACUCGACAUAGAAACUUAAGAAAACAUCAACUCCUCCACAUUGGAGUUAAACCAUUCACCUGUGAUCAGUGUGGAAAGUCUUUUAGCUGCACGAGAUCCUUGAAAGAACAUCAGGCCAUCCACACUGGCAUUAAACCAUUUGUCUGUUGUCAGUGUGGAAAGGGUUUUCGUCAUAUGGAUACUUUAAAAAGUCAUCAACUAAUCCACACUGGAGUUAAUAAAUAUUUAAGUGGUUAGUGCUGAAAUGCGGCCACUGUUAUUUAAACAUUUAAAAAAAAAUCAGAUUGUUCACACUGCAAUUGUAGCGUGUUUGAAUUGUGGUAAUUGUGAAAUUUGUGGAACUUCUUUCAAAUUCAUGACAAAACUGGCAGACCAAUGUGACAUUACUCUGACAAAGUUCUUUUGGACAUCCUGGUCAAUCAUUGUAAGUUUGAAGAGGCUCUACUGAUUGUGACUCCUAUAGCUGUCAUGGUACUGGGUCUUUGACCCAGUGUUUUGUGCUUUUUGACAUUAGCAUUCCAUUUUAUUGAAUAUUGUAAUAUUUAAUGUUUAUUUCUAUUUAUGUUCUUUUAAUUGUUUUUCUUGUUGAUGUAAUAUUUAUAAUAUCUAGUCUUUAGGUUCUGUUAUCAUACCUCCCCUCUUUUUCACAUUCUGUGUUUUGUCAGCAGUGGCAGUCCUAGCCUGUUUGGUGCCCUGAGCGAACACCCCCUCAGUCCCACACCCACAGAUAACAUAUAUGUAUGUUUCAUGUGAAUAUUAUGUGUAUAUAUGUAUAU